AUGCGUGUCUGCCUCCAUGCUUGUCCCGAGACCGCUCAGGCGGCGGAUAGCCUGCAGGAACCAUACCUCCAGGGGCGGAGAAGACCCCAGACUCGCCGAACCGGCAAUGCUCAUCAUCAUGGCGGCGACGUCAUCCAGGAACGCCUUGUCGUCGUCUCGGGCGGUACGACAACGGUCAAGGGACACGAGGACCUCAUCUACGGCCCAUUCCCGGGUCUGUUCUUUGGCCAGCAAGUUGUCGAGCCGUCGCGCCAAGCGGGAGAAGGAGACGUGGUGCAGUUCAGGACACUGGCGCAACGCUCGCACAAGAUGCGCCAUGUCCUCCCGAGACACCAUGUCGGUCGGUGA